ACUAUGACAUGCCUUACAUGAAAGCAGCUUUGGAGUGCGUUAAAAGGUAACUGGAAUGGAGGUUUUUUUAUUUAAUUAAUACAAACCUCCAAAAUGCACCUCUGUGUCUCGGUUAACCUCAAAUUUGGAAUUUUGUUUCAUUACUGAUAUUUCAAAGGUUGUUUGGCUCCUUUUUUUGGUUAGUUUAAUGCUGAUGAUUUUUCCAUAUUCAUCAGCAAAACUGUGGAUGUCAUUCCGGGAAGAAAGGCUCAAUGUUUCACCGGUCUGUGCCCAAAAACCUCCUUUUUAAGGUGUAAUAUGUACAUGUAUUUCCUAAAUUUCUCUCCUUUGGUGAUUCACUGUUCGUACAUGUGCGUAUAGAAAUUUAACCCUUUCCGAGAGAUAUUUUCAGUGAGGAAACCCAAGACUUCUCAAUUUUGAAUAGAAAAACCUAUGCACUGAACCAUGUUGUCACUGGAUGACAUCACAGCAACAGCGCCCUCCUUUGUCUGAGAAGAUUGUUUGAAAAAGUACACUUUUCAAUACGCAACCUAAUAUAGGAAUAGGAAUAUCAAAAUCAUUUCCAUGCAUUUGAACGAGAGUAUAAAUUUGUAGGAAAAUUGUGUCAGACCAAAAUUCACUGCUGGCUCUACACUACACGUUUCCACAUGUCUACAUGAUUAGUAAGUACGCUGUUUUCUAGUCAGGAUUGUUUAACAUGUUCUUAAUACUUUUUUCUCUACUUCUCUAUCGAUUGGGUAAUUAACCAAACCAAAAAAACUUAAAAGCUUUUAUCAUGCAAAGUUAUGGAGUCCACAAACUUUUACAAGAUGUGUCUUAUUAGUUCGGUAACUUGUGCGAUAAAAUGUCACAUACAUGCAUGUACAUGAAAUUUCGAUCACUGCUCAAUGCUUUGUGAACUCAACUGCAGUUCUAUAACUGAGUGGUUAUGCACCACAACUGACGGAAAUCUUUCAUGCAAGUGAUUCAUCAGCUGAAAUGUCAGCUGUCACCUGCCCUUUGCCUGCACACAACUUGCUAUACGCCUACAUACAUGUACAUGUAGCUGUGCCCCAUCAGAGUCAUAAUCUAAUCAGUGGAUAUGAGUCAAAUCACAGGUCAGGUGACAAGUACUUGUACAGUACGCAAGAAACAAGCUGAUGAUGACAAGGGAAAUGGAAUGCCUUUACUAUUCCUUUUGAACAGCUUGUGACAAGUUGACAGCUGACUGAAUGGCUUGUGGUGACUCGUAAUUGACUUGUGAUGAAUUCAAUUAUACGUGGUGUACACUGGACGUUGCGUCGCUAAGGAAACAGUCGUCGGCAUGUAUGCAGACACUGCAUGCUUGAAUGGACCACUCAGCCGGUGCAUCGUAACGUCAUCUCGAGGUACUGUAUAUUAGCAUACAGCUUGAAUCGCUACAUGAAGAAGAUGGCAACUUCCAGCUCAGCUGACAAGAUAAGAGUGUUUCCGAUUUAAACAGGAAUUUCUCUUUUCUUCAGAUAUCUUGAUGCAGAGCUAGCCCAUUCUAUGCAAGACCACCAACAUCAAGGGAAAUAUUCGGCAGUGGACGACCGCUCUGACCACAUGUCAGACACUGAUUCAGAUGCAACAUACAUCGAAGAGGAGGGGGUCGUUGAGGGCCAACCCGGCCCUACAGAAUUUCCGACCAAUCAGAGGGCUUCCGAGGCCGUGGCCCUGAAGCGGUCUGUGACAGGCCACGAUAUUUCUGAUUCUGACUCUGAGAGUCCAGACGAAACAUCUCAGUCACUGCUGGGAAGGAAGAAAAGCAAUGCUUCUUCAUCAUCAGCUUCCUCAAGCACCGCCGCCACCAGGGCUGCUGACUCCCGAGUAACAACUUCCGUCCGGAAGACCAAGGAGGCACCACCUGACCCGAGUGGGAACCCAUCCAACAGCCUGAAACCCAGGUGCAACUAUGGUGGAAAAUGCUACCGGAAAAAUCCCAGCCACAGGAUGGAAUUUCGACAUUCAGAUGAGGAUGAAGAGGGUCUGCCUCCCAGCAAGAGGUUGAGGAGGGAUGAUGGCUCCGCCUCUUCCUCCACAUCACCUGCUACGUCUGCUUCAAAGAAGACCUGCCUGGAGAUCACGAGGGAAGCUAGCCCUCUCUGCUUCCUCCUCACCAAAGUCUCAGGGAUACCGGAAAAAUACAACAGCUCAUUAGCCGUGCACAUCUCAGAUAUCUUGUCGCCAUGCAUGGGUGAUCUGAUAGCCUCAGCCCAGUUCAACUACAUGUUUGACAUUCCCUGGCUUGUCCAGCAGUAUCCCACGCAGUUCCGGUCCAAGACCCUGCUGAUUGUACACGGGGAACAGAGGCAGGCCAAAGCAGCCCUCCAUGAGGCCGCCCACCCCUACUCCAACAUCAAACUCUGCCAGGCAAAACUGGACAUCAUGUAUGGCACCCACCACAGUAAAAUGAUGUUGUUACUGUACACCAGCGGCAUGCGUGUGGUCAUCCACACGGCCAACUUGAUCGACAGGGACUGGCAUCAGAAGACACAGGGCGUGUGGAUCAGUCCUAUCUUCCCCAAGGUGGACCCCUCCACCACUGGGGCAGACUCCCCAACAUCCUUCCAACGAGACCUGGCAGAGUACCUGACAGCCUACAGGUCACCGUCUCUGCAAGACUGGAUUGGGCACGUCCGGGGGCACGACAUGUCACAGGCUAAGGUGCACAUUAUUGGAUCUGUACCUGGUAGGCACGCUGGAGGAGCCAUGCACAAGUGGGGACAUAUGAAGUUGCGACAGGUGCUGAAGGAUUGUGGACCAAAUGAGGCCGAUGUGAGAGGCUGGCCCGUGAUUGGUCAGUUCUCUAGUGUUGGCUCCCUGGGCCCGGACAAAGACAAAUGGCUGUGUGCGGAAUGGCUACAGAGCUUGUCGCGGUGUCAGGGCUCGGGCAGGAAGAUGCAAGGGGAGUCUGGAAGCAAGACCUUGAAACUGAUCUUCCCAACUAAGGAUAACGUUCGGACCAGUUUGGAAGGUUACCCAGCUGGAGGGUCGAUACCAUACAGCAUCAAGACGGCGAAGAAACAGCUGUACUUCAGUUCCUUCCUACAUCAGUGGAAUGCCAGCACAAGAGGGCGCUCCAGGGCCAGUCCACACAUCAAGACCUACUGCCGAAUGUCACCCGACAGUGAGCACAUUGCAUGGUUCCUGGUGACAAGUGCCAACAUGUCCAAGGCUGCCUGGGGUGCUCUUGAGAAGAACGGACAACAGCUGAUGAUACGAUCCUAUGAGAUUGGCGUUGCCUUCCUCCCAGCAGACUUUGUUUCAGGAAGUACAAAGUUUGCCAUCUCCCAGCCCCCAGCCUCCUCAUCCUGUGACAGCAAUGAGCUCCAUUUCCCAUUGCCUUGGGAUACACCACUAGUACCUUACUCAAGAGAUGAUCGGCCCUGGCUGUGGGACAUCCCCUACACAGACCUACCGGACUCACACGGCAACUGCUGGGUACCUCCCUCAUGAUCCUAUUGAGAUAUGCUCAUCUCUGCUGCCAUCUUAGUGUUGCUUCCUGUGGACAUUAGAAAUACUGGAGUGGGAUAUGCUACUUCAUCAGUGGCACCAGACCAACGCCUUUGCUUUUUAAAUGGCAUUGCUACCCCAGGCUGCAAGCAAUAUCUUACCAUCCCCGAUGGGUUGUCAGAUACCCUUUUGAACAUUUUCAGUCUAGUUCCUAGGAAAUCCUUUGUGUUUAGUCUUGCAAAUUUUUCUCAAAUCCUUCCCCCCCCUCCUGUUAAAUAUGUGGAUUGUUUCACAUCCAAGGAGUUACACCUUUUGUCUAGCAAAGACUCGCUGGUGGAUCCUUCUCGGGUCUGAAGAUAAAUUCAAGAUGGCUCCUUCAUAGAAAGUGAAGUGCCUACUCCCCCCUGGGAAGUUUUGGGCCAAUCUUUUGUUGGAUUUUUCAAAGCGUCUAUGAGCUGCAUGACAAGAAUAACAUUCAUGCCAGUAUCUAUCUGCCCUGAGCCGAAGCACUCCUCAUCGGUUGAGAAAAGCUUCGUUGGUUGGCAGUGUUUCUUUUGUUGGUAGCGAUGCGACUGCAACGCUUACUCUCAACGGUCGUUCCUGAGCCAGGGAUGCGCUGUUACUACCAUGCAAGUACCAAAGGCGCCCCCAUUGCUAGAAAACUUAUACCCUCUCUCGGUCAAGCUCGGGGCCCAUACUGACAUGAAUGCGAUGAUGUUUUGAACUUUCUCAUAAUAUAUUUAUGCAAACAUUAGUGGCAUAAAAAUUGAAGGUUUUUUGUAUAUAAGCGUGGUUUCCCUUCAAGCUGGACAGGAUUCCUGGAGGAAAUCUGAUUUAUGAGGAAUUCCACCUAAACCGCAUAAGAGGAGUCCAUUCUAAAACUUUGAGAAUUGUUUUUCCAGAGUUUCAGUUCCAAUCAAUUUGUUUUAAUCCGUACAAAAUGGACGCGUUCUUGCAUACUGCUGGGCCCUUGACUUUGUACAACUUAUAAAUGUGGUCAGGUUAUUUAAAGUAACUUCUUUAGACUAUGUUGCAGUUAUUCCCAUUGUCCUUACAACAAAAUUCAUCAAAGUGAUUGAAAUAAACCAAAUAACUCUCCAAAUUUA